UUUCAUCCUCGCUAUGUUGGUUUCCUUGACAGUUGGCAAGGUUGACGCGGGUGUCGCCGUGCUCCUCACCCAAGACAAUCGACUCAUUGAAUUCCCCUCAGUCCUCCUUCCGAACAACAUUAGCUCAGGCAGCAUUGUCGAUAUCACCGUUUCGCGCAACCAUGCCGCCGAAGCAGCGAGCGCAUCUGCCUUCCAAUCCCUCCAGAAGCGGAUUUUAAAUACCUACGGUGUCAAGGCCCCGUCGCCACCCGUUCUGCGCCUGCGAAAUGCAACCCAGACCUCGCUCGUUCUCGAGUGGGACCCAAUCGACCUAGCCACUGCAUCCCUGAAAUCGCUAUCCCUCUACCGCAAUGGCUCAAAGGCCGGCUCCAUACCACGCCCGCUCGAGACUCGCAGCACAAAAAUCAGCGGUCUGGCCAUUCACUCCGAGUACUCAUUCCAUCUGGUUCUGCGGACUACGGCAGGCACCUACCAGUCGGAGAAGCUGACGUGUCGCACACACAAGAUGACCGAUCUGUCUGGCAUCACCGUCACAACGGGCAUUCUCGAUCCACAGCAGAAAGAGGCACUCGGUGCUGCAUUGGACCGCAUUGGAGGCAAGAUGAUCGACUCGGUCCGUAUCGACACUACUCACUUCGUCUGCACGGAAGGACGUGGUGCGCAGUGGGAGAAGGCUGUGGAGAUGAACAUCCCUGUUGUGGUGCCGGAGUGGGUGGAUGCUUGCGAAACAGAGGGGACCAUUGCCGGCGUGCGUGGCUACUAUCUCAACGCAGACCCCAAGGCCCGUCAACUCGGCGUGAUCCACGGCUCGUCCCACCAGCGUACUACUUCUACUCUUUCAACUGCGACAAGCGCCAACCAGGGAAGACUCAGCACUCAGCCCCAACGGAGCCCUGCGCAAGAGCAGGUGCCCGAGGAGCCUCCUCUGACUCCAUUCCCUGGGGGUGAGACGAGUAGCCAACCCCAGACCCAGACCCAGGCACAAGAGGUUGGAUCACAAGAUGGGUCAGAUGACCUCCCACCUCCUCCGCCCCCGCCCAAAGAUGAAUCCGAAGAUACAAAUGAGCCUGUGCAGAACGGUGAGGCAGAAGCGGCACCUUCUCCGGAGGCGAAGAACGAGGAGCCUGAAGCCGAAGCUGCAGAGGAGAGCAAUGGAGAUACAGAGAAAGAGCAAACCCUUCCACAGAACAGACCCGAGGAUGACUCCGAGUCGACAAACCUCGGAGGCCCAAAGGGCAAAGGCAAAGAGGGUGAGGGUGACUUCAACGAAGUGCCUCUCUGA